AAUGAGUGGAAACGCCAACCGGAAGCUUCACGUUUACACAUCCGGUGAAAUAUCUGGCUCAUUCUUCUAUCCGAGACAUGGCGAUGCGCACGCGUUAGUCCUUUUGUGUGACAACUACAACUCCCACAUUGCCGUUAUUGCCGACUGGCGGAUCCCCUCCUCCGUAACCAACUUCCCCAGUAUUCAAUCAAGAACCUCUACUCAAACAGCAGGCAUGUCUGGGCUCAUCAGAACUAUUUCAACCCGCACUGCUCCAGCUCUGCGCGGACCUAUGAUUACCCAGAGGGCCAGUGUCUUCACCAGACCGGCUAAAGACCCUCUCGGCCCUGCUGAGACAGUCAUCGGACUGGGGAUGUUCGCAGUGGCUAUCCUGGGACCUUCCGGUUGGGUUCUCGCCAACAUUGAGAACUACAAGAAGAAAGAAUAACUUAACAUGGACUCUGUCUUAACUGGGACGUCCCGUACAUUCUCUACUUACUCAAGACCCUCCUGGGACCAUCACUUCAAGAAACUCCUCUUAAAAACAUGGAACAAAUCCCCAACCUCCAUGAACUACCUCUUCACUCCAGUCUGAGUGUCUGCCAAUAGAAUGGCUGCACAACAUCAAGAUUUGUGAAUUUUAAUUGGCUUCUUCAAACAAGGAGUAUGUUACAAUAAUGAUAAUAAACAUAUUUAAACUUUAAAA